AUGCGCAUGUGCCUGACGGCCGACAUUGGCGGCUACUACACCGGCGCAUUGGAAGAGGGCCGGGACCAGUUCGGCCUAAAGGGCGAUUUCGUGACUUCUCCCGAGAUUUCCCAGGUGUUUGGCGAGCUCUGCGGCAUCUGGUAUGUGGCCGAGUGGAUGGCCCAGGGCCGCCGGAGUCAGGGGGUCGAGCUGAUUGAGGUCGGCCCCGGUCGUGGCACUCUGAUGGACGAUAUGCUGCGGACUAUCCAGCGAUUCCCGGACAUGGCCAACAGUAUCGACGCCAUCUACAUGGUCGAGGCCAGCGCGGAGUUAAGGAUGGCGCAAAAGAACCUGCUCUGCGGCGAGGAUGCCCCCAUGAGCGAGUCCAAGGUCGGCUACCACAGCGUAUGCAAACACAGCGCUCUGCCCAUUGUUUGGACCGAGACUAUCAAGUCCAUCCCUGUUGCCCCCGAGAAAACACCAUUUAUCAUGGCCCACGAGUUCUUCGACGCCCUCCCAAUCCACGCCUUCGAGCUCGUCUCCGUCCCACCCACGCAAACCACCGCCCGCACCCCAACCGAUACCUCCUCCCCAUCCUCCAAAACCUCCCACCCCACCCUCCAAUGGCGCGAGCUCAUGGUCUCCCCCACCCCCCCAGGCUCAACCCACGCCUCCCUGCGCACCCCAACCUCCCAAUCCCACGACACCCCACCCCCCGACUUCCAACUCACCCUCGCCAAAGCCCCGACCCGGCACGCCCUCUACCUCCCCGAAUCCUCCCCGCGCUACCGCUCCCUCAAAACCACCGUCGGCCCCGGCGCCCUCCUGGAAAUCUGUCCCGACGCCGCCCUCUACGCAGCCGACUUCGCCUCCCGCAUCGGCGGCUCCCCGCAACACCCCAAACCCCAGCCCUCCGGCGCAGCCCUAAUCCUCGACUACGGUCCCGGGGACGGGACCAUCCCGACCAACUCGCUGCGGGGUAUCAGCCGCCACCGCCGUGUCAGUCCCUUCGCCGAGCCGGGGCUGACUGACUUGUCGGCCGACGUGGAUUUUGCUGCGUUGGCGGAGUCUGCUACGCGCGCGAGUGAGGGGGUGGAGGUGCAUGGGCCGGUGGCGCAGGCGGACUUUCUGGAGUUGAUGGGGAUUCGGGAACGGGUUGAGAUGCUUGCUCGUGCGAUGCGGGAUGCUUCUUCUGGCACGGUGGCAGGAACAACACAAGAAGACGUCACCAAAGCAGUGGAAGACGUGAAGAAGGCCUGGGGCCGUCUGGUCGAUCGCGGGCCGAACGGGAUGGGCAAGAUCUACAAGGCGCUGGCUAUCUUACCGGAGAACGGAGGACGCCGGCGGCCGGUUGGGUUUGGAGGGGAUGUUGUGGGGGCUUGA